AUGACGUCACUACGAGAGGCUCUCUGUCUGGUAACCAUAAAUGCUCAUACCUGCUCAGUCGGCCAUGAGCAAAGUCAAGACAUGACGAUGAAAUGGGUCACAGUUUCUCCUGCUGAACCCUGCGACUGUUCCAUGAUUAUGCUUGGAGGAGUUAACAUUAAACCUGUACAGCAUGUGUAUCGGCAUGUGCACUCUAAACAGCCGUUCUUUGACGCUGAACCUGAUGUCAUUAAACGCCACUUCAAUUGCGACAAGAUGAGUAAAUCGACUGACACCAACUGGGUAGAAAUACUCAGCUUCAAUCAAUCAGACCAGGAGAUGUAUUAUAAUCUUGACGUUCUUGAGGAUUGGAACAAUCUCGGUGUCCAGCAGGUCAACAUUUCCGUUGGAAGCAAGCAUUUGAUUGAUCCAGUUCUUGAACUGUCGUUUGACGGCAGAGGUUCCAGUAACACGUCAUGGUUUGUCCACAAUCGACUUCUAAACUCCCCGUGGACCGAUCUAGACCCGAAUGCUGAGUUCAAACUCAACUGGGAACGCCAGGGGCUAACUUUCCCAUCAAGUGCCGAGUUGCUUGGAAUACACUCGGUGGAGACGAGAAAAGAAUUGCCCGUUUCUGGCUGGCUCGUCUUUGCGCAGCAAGAUCUAGAAAGUAUUCUCCAAGGAGUGAGGUUGAGCCAGCCCAUCGUAGCCUUUGGGAAGGGAGGGCGCGUCGACUGGAUCGACAGAGAUGUUUUGUCACAUGGAACGGAGGCGGUCCAAAGCUCAACCUCGUCCCCUGGAUUCGGUCAGUUUGGGGUAGAUCUUAAAUCAAACACCAGAAUGAGCACAGACUUUGAGUAUGAGCCAUGGUGGACUGUUGACAUGGGGAAGAGUUACCAAAUCGAAAGACUGGCCAUCUUACCCUGCGAAAUGGCAAAGACCAAUGUCAUCGGAGCUCAAUUUCGCGUGAGCAGCAGCCUGGAUAAAGGCUCUGGUGAACCGUGCGGUAGUCCGAUCGUCGUGGUAGGCGUCGAUGUUAUAUGCGAAGGUGAAGCUUACGGUCGGUAUCUCAGCCUCGGCAUUGAAGGAAAACAAGGCAUCUUGGCAUUCUGUGGGGUGUCUGCUUUCGUUAAAGGGCAGGAUCCAAUUCUUGCAGGACAACCGACCUGGCAGAGCAGCGUUCUUACCCAUAACGCGUCAGCUUCAGUGGAUGGUGUCCUGGACUUCACCUGUAGUCAGACUAAUGAGGAGAUCAACCCUUGGUGGAUGGUUGACCUUGGAGAUAAUCUCGUCGUUGUGAAGGUCGUCAUCAGCCCCUAUCCAGACUUAGUCGAAUGGAUCAAAAUGAAGGGAGCACAGGUGUUUGUGAGCGCAGAGUCAACAAGAUAUUCAGGAGCAGCGUGUGGUAGCCCCCUCCGUCUUGAAGAUGUAACCAGCCACGCCCCCUUUCUUAUAGAUUGCCAACGCGAUAUACUGGGUCGUUACGUCUUCAUCGAAGGCACCACACGACUGAGUAUGUGCGAAGUUGAGAUCUUCGGAAAGAUAAAUGGGAAUGUCGAAGUAGCCGAUACCAUUCGCAUGCAAGCACUGAUUCGAAGUGAAUGACGCCCUGUUUGAAAUGAUUUUCCCUUAAAGGAACACGUUGCCUUGGAUCGGUCGAGUUGGUCUUUGAAAAGCGUUU